AUGUUGAGAGAUCAAUGCUAUUCGAACAUUGGCCGAUAUCCGUACGGCGUGCAGCAGAUCUCGAUCGGGUUUGGAUGUGAAACAAUCGGAAUUGUGGCGCAUGAAAUUGGUCAUGCGCUGGGAUUUUUUCAUGAGCAGUCGAGGUACGAUCGUGACGAUUACGUGCGUAUUUUGGGCAGAAAUAUUGAAAGCGGAUUCGCCAGCCAGUUCAGUAAGCACUCAUCGAAAUACAUCGAAACUUAUGGAGUGCCGUAUGAUUUUGGCUCGGCAAUGCAUUAUGACCAACGGGUAGAUGUAUGCGCGGAAAAGCUGGCGUGUCAGUUCGGUGGCUAUACGGAUCCGAAGAACUGCUCCAGGUGUCGAUGUACGGACGGUCUAUCGGCUCCACUCUGCGCCGAUCCGACUAGAACCUCAAAAGAUUGCGGUCAGCUGAAGCGACAGGCCACCGCCCGCUUUCAGGAGCUUUCGACGAGCGGCUCGGGUGAAUGUAACUACUUGAUUACGGCACCGUCGCGACGCGCUCAAAUCCUCAUCGAGUUCGUUGGCACGGUCAGAUUUCCCCGUCAGAUACCGUGUCGUUUCCAGUUCGUCGAGAUACGCUAUGAGCACGAUUUGAGCACAACAGGAGCUAGGUAA